AUGGCGGCAAAAACCGAGGAUGAUGUUGAUAACUUUUCCAUCGUACAACGAUAUAGUGAGAUUGUGCGAGGGGACAUGCAAGAUGAGCCUCUCUCGAAGGGUCUGGCUGCGAAAGUCGAUGCUGAUGCGGAGCGAGAAAGGACGGGGAACUACGAUGAUCCUGCUACUAAACAACUUGAAGAGCUUGAAGCUAAGAGCAAGGAGCUUGAGGUUACAUGGGUGAAAUUCAAAGAAAAAUUCAAAAUUCCAGACGAUAGUGUUGGGGUGAAGAAUCAGAAACCAGAUAUGAAUGUGGCCCGGCUUGCCAUUCAGAAGGCACAAGCUCAGAUUCAAAAGAACCAGAGCUCCAAGUUUGGGAAAGUGAAAGCAUUCUUUCGCACAAGUGCUCAAGUGCUUGACAGUCACAACUACCUCUUCGACCUUUUGCCAAGUGGAGAAAAGUACACUUCGGUCUUCACGGGUGCAUUCUCCUCAAUUGUCAAGGCCACGAUUACACACGAUGACAUUGCCAGCGAAUUAUCUGAUGGAUUCGAUGAUAUAUCGGAUCAAGUCCGCUCCUUCUACUUUGUCAUCAAGCUUCACCCGAAAUCGACUUAUAUCCGGUAUCACAUCUCAUUGUUCUACUUUGAACUAUUUGGAUUUAUCAUUUGUCUCAUGCGUGAAUGGUAUCAAUCGCCCUUGAAACGGCUAUCCAGAUGUCUAGGAACCUCCUUUCUGGAUAAAACUGUUCGAGGGACACUUAAGGCUUUGCGCCAAUACACAAAACGAGUGGAAACCGAAGAUCGUCGAAGGCAGAGCGAGAUGAAUACGCGGCUACUCUUUAUUCUCGGUGCUACGGUACAACAGUCUCUUGUCCACCAGGCGAAGGACAGCAAACAGCACGAUCAAGAUUUCAAAGCUCUGGCUGCGUACGUGAUUGCUCUCCAUGGAAAGCCGGGGAGUGUGCGAAAUAUGAGCCCACAUCCACUUACAACUCACACGUUGAUAGCAAAAACCCAGGAUGAAGAAAAUCACCUUCCUUAUUUCAACCCCAUCCCAACAUGGUCAAGGGAUACGAUCCUAGCCGAUAUUGAGCAUCUCAAGCCGUAUCUCCAGACCGCACGCGACCUCAAUAACUUAAUUGAUACUAGCCACUGUAUCGAAGUUAACAGUGAGGUCUCCAUUCGAGUCCAUAAAUGGGUAAUAAAUACCUCCUCUGAAGCUCUUUGGAUCGAAGGCCCAGGAGAUGUCUCCUACCCCGGGCAAGCGACCCUCACCUCAGCUUUCAUGCUCGGGAAUCUUCGACGUAUCGCCAUCCCCGUCAUCGUAUACUUCAUCAAAUACGACCCCCGCUACAAAUGGGACCCAGAAGAAGAACUCCUCAAGAUGAUAUACGGCCUACUUUACCAAGCUGCUCAGACCAUUCCCGAAACUCUCGAGCCGCAACUCGUCGAUCUCGAUUUCUCGACCUCACGCCUCAGGAAGAUGAAAGAAGACGUGGCAGCUCUGCCGGAAGCGCUUAAGAUGCUAACAGAUAUCCUGGCCAUCGGACCACCGCUGCAGUUUUGCAUCAUCGAUGGCUUGCAACUUUUCGAUGGUCGGCAUCUGAGCGUGCUGGUGAGGAGGAGCAUCCGGGACUUUGUGGCGCUUUUAUGUAGGGCUGUGAAGGAUAAAAGUAGGAAGGAGAAGGUAUUUAAGGUUUUAUUUACUACUGAAGGGAUGGUGGACGAGUUAGCAGGGGCGGCGGGGAGAAACUUAGUCAGCCGGGAGACAUAUGAAGAUGAGGAUGAGGAUGAAAUGUUGAGUAUACAUAAUAUUGUAUAA